CCCAGCACCCCAAGCAGCAGUCCGAGCGGCGUUUGGUCGUGAAUUUCGACGACUAGACUUCGGAAGGCAAAUGUGUCGUUUUUGCCCAUAAUUUCCCAUAUCUCUGUCUCUAGCAUAGUCAGAUAUUUUAUUCGAUAUGUGCUAGAAUGGCCUCUUCUUCAAAAAAGAAAGAAACACAGGCAGCGAAUGACAGUAACAUCGGGGAUGAUUCCAGUGAGAAGCAGACCAAGAAAAAGAAGGCACUAGAAAACUCUGAAGCUUUGGCUACAGGGUCUUCAAAGAAGUCAAAUGGAAACAAGAAAAGAAAGCGUGAAAAUGACAAAGAGGAUGAAGACACCACAGUGGGCGGCAGUGCUUGUCUUUCAGAAGAUGAACAGCCUUCUAAGAUAGCAAAGGCAGACAAUAGAGACCAAGAACCUGCAGAGGAUAAACCAAUAGUAGACCAGGAGGGGCCUUCUCAGACCAAAGCACAGGCUGUUGCUAUGGAAAUGAAUCUAGAGCUACCGGAUCAACAAUUGAGUAAGGAAGAUGAGGAAGGUGUUACUUAUGUAAAGUUCACCAAGGCCAUGAGACCAGCAGUUGCAAGUGCAAACCCAGGUGUUGCACACACCAGGAUCAAUGCUCUUCUAGGAGCCAUGUGGCAGGACUUCAAGACUGCCCAGGGACCUAGUAGCCCCGCAUCACGAUCCAGUUCUAAGAAAUCAUCAGCCAAGAAAAAGAAAGCCCAGAGCAAGAACAAGAAAGCUGACUCAGAUGGCUACCUAUCUCCUGCAUACUCUGAUUUUGAUGAGUUUGACAUUGAAAGUGAUGAUAGUGGCCCUGUUACUACAAAAUCUCGGCCUAAAAUCAAGCUUCCCUUCCUCAGCAGGUUGAAGGGAAAAAUGCGAGAUAAGAAAAGCAAAGGUGAUGAUGAUAGUGAUAAAGGCAGUGAGGCAAGUACCACAAGUAGCCGAAGCAAAAAGACCAAAGUCAAGACCAGAGGCAAGAGAAAGAAUGAUGACAGAGAUAAUGAUGAGAGUGAUAAUAGCAUCAGAGAAAUACGAGUCAGCAAGUCCCGUAAGAAGGUUGUACGGAAGCCUUCAAUCAAGAUCAAGGAUACUACGAUAAAGAAAGACAAGCACAGUAAGAGGCGACACAGGACAUGUGAUGAUGAUGAAGUGAUGGGAGUGGAUGAGCACCAAGACUACUGUGAGGCAUGUGAUGAGGGGGGAGACCUCUUGCUCUGUGACACCUGUACCCUUUCAUACCAUCUGGGAUGCUUGAAUCCUGCCUUGGAUGAGCCACCUGAGGGACGCUGGAGCUGUCCUGUUUGUGAGGUGGAGAUGACAAGCAGCUCAAGUGAAGACAUCCACAGCGACUACUGCCGUGUGUGUAAGGAUGGUGGUCAGCUCUUGUGCUGUGACAAGUGUCCCAUGGCGUAUCAUCUCAAGUGCCUUAUUCCACCCAUGAUGAGAGUACCCACUGGGGAAUGGAAAUGCCCAAGGUGUCAGAGUGAACCAUUAAAGGGCAAAGUUGAGAGGAUAUUGCACUGGAGAUGGGUCACUCUUCCCAUCCCACCAGAUUACCAAGCUCUUACUCCAGAAGGGGAAGAACAAAAGGACAAAACUGUAGAUACUUACACCACCCGGGAGUUCUUUGUGAAGUGGAGAGAAAAAUCCUACUGGCACUGCUCAUGGAUCACUGAGCUUCAGAUUGAGAUCCAACAUCCAGAAAUGUUCAGGGCAUUCUCACGUAAAAAUGACAUGGAUGAACCCCCACCACUAAGUGAUGAUGAUGAUGAAGACAGCAUUGAAGACGGCCAGCACCCCAGCCCAACUGCCAAGUCUAAAGCAAAAGAGCAGGAUGAGAAUAAUUUGGAGGCAAGGUUCUACCGAUAUGGGGUCAAUCCUGAGUGGCUACAAAUUAACAGAAUCAUGAACCACAGAGUAUUGAAGGAUGGCUUUGAGGAAUUCUUUGUCAAGUGGCGAGAUGUUCCUUACAGUCAGAGUACAUGGGAGAGCCCUGACGACCCCAUCAACCACCAGAUCAGUGACUUUAAAGAGUAUAUCAAGAAAUAUUACGCUCAUAGGGAAGGAUAUGACAAGAAGAUUAAAGCAAAGAAAGGAAAGAACAAAAAAUCAAAAAAGACUCUUCCCACUGGAGAUACACCUGAGGAAGAAUCUAAACCAGAUAUUGAACCUGCUCAACCGAUCCCUACUCCUCAAGUCAAUUGCAAGGAGAGGUACGAGAAACAACCUGCCUAUCUUGACGAGACAGGUGGGAAACUUCAUGAAUAUCAGAGGGAGGGCUUGAAUUGGCUGCGCUUCUCUUGGGCCCAAGGGACAAACACCAUCUUGGCUGAUGAGAUGGGUCUUGGCAAGACCAUCCAAACAAUCAGCUUCCUGUACUCUCUCAUGAAAGAGGGUCAUUCCCAAGGGCCGUUUUUAGUGAGUGCUCCACUCUCAACCCUUGUCAACUGGGAGCGUGAGUUUGAGUUCUGGGCUCCAGACAUGUAUGUGGUUACCUAUGCUGGCGACAAAGAAAGUCGAGCUACCAUUAGAAACUUUGACUUCUCAUUUGACGAAGAUGCUUUCAAAAGUGGCCUGAAGGCUUAUAAACUGAAGAAAGACAGCCCAGUCAAGUUCCAUGUCCUGCUCACUUCCUAUGAGCUUGUGAGUAUCGACUCUGCCAGUCUUCAGUCCAUUGACUGGGCGAUGCUGGUAGUGGAUGAAGCUCACAGACUGAAGAAUAAUCAAUCAAAGUUUUUCCGCACACUUAGUGACUACAACAUAGGCUACAAACUAUUGCUAACAGGAACCCCACUACAGAACAACUUGGAGGAGCUAUGGAAUCUAUUGUUUUUCCUUGACCCAGUUGAGUUCAACAACAAGAAUAACUUUCUUACUGAGUUUGAUAAUGUUGCCAAAGAAGACCAGAUCAAAAAGCUCCAUGACAUCCUUGGCCCACACAUGUUGCGAAGACUGAAAGCUGAUGUCCUCAAGGGGAUUCCAUCCAAGAGUGAACUCAUCGUCAGAGUAGAGCUCAGUCCAAUGCAAAAGAAGUACUACAAGUGGAUUCUUACUCGCAACUUUGAAGCACUGAAUACCAAAGGAGCUCAACAGGUUUCACUGCUGAACGUCAUGAUGGAGUUGAAAAAAUGUUGUAAUCACCCAUAUCUUUUCCAUGCUGCUGCAUUGGAAGCAAAACGCACACAAAGUGGUGGCUACGAGCCUAACAGCUUGACCGAAGCAAGCGGCAAGCUAAUGCUGCUUGUGAAAAUGUUAAAGAAGCUGCGAGAGCAGGGACAUCGUGUGCUGAUCUUCUCCCAGAUGACACGUAUGUUAGACUUGCUGGAAGACUUCCUGGAGGGUCAUGGGUACAAAUAUGAGCGGAUUGAUGGGUCAGUCAAUGGAGCAGCCAGACAAGAAGCCAUUGAUCGCUUCAAUGCCCCCACAUCUCAGGCUUUCUGUUUCCUUUUGUCUACUCGUGCUGGUGGUCUAGGCAUUAAUCUUGCAACCGCAGACACGGUUUUCAUCUAUGACUCCGACUGGAACCCACACAAUGACAUCCAAGCAUUCAGCCGUGCUCACAGGAUAGGCCAAAACAACAAGGUUAUGAUUUACCGUUUUGUCACAAGAUCAUCAGUUGAAGAGCGCAUCACCCAGGUGGCAAAGAAGAAGAUGAUGCUUACCCAUCUUGUGGUGCGGCCAGGCUUGGGCUCCAACAAGGCCACUAUCAUGUCCAAGAGUGAACUGGAUGACAUCCUCAAGUUUGGUACUUCAGAGCUCUUCAAGGAUGACGACACCAAGGAUGGAGAAUCAGGUGAUAGUGUAGUGUUCCACUAUGAUGACAAGGCGAUUACCAGCUUGUUGGACCGGGAUCAGCAAGUCAUGGAGGAUGAAGUCAAGGACGAGCCUAUGCUGGCCAACGAGUAUCUUGCAUCAUUUAAGGUUGCUAGUUACAUUGUCAAACAGAAGGAGGAAGACGUGGAAGUCCUGAAGCAAGCCCCAGAGACCACAGACCAGGACUACUGGGAGAAGCUGUUGCGCCAUCACUACGAACAGUUCCGAGAGGAUGAAGCCCGUGAACUUGGCAAAGGGAAGAGAAUCCGCAAGCAGGUUAACUAUGUGGAUACUGGCAUUGAGGAUCAAGACGACUCUGCGAUCUGGAGUAAAGACUUGUCUGACUUUGAAGGGGACGACCUCAGCGGCCUUGAAGAUGAAGAUGAGUCAGAUGAAGAGUUCAACCAGAAAACUGAAGGACAGAGACGAGGUAGACGUCCUCCAAGGGAAGACACAAUGCCCCCCAUGCUGGCAAGAGUACAGGGGAAUUUAGAGGUGUAUGGCUUCAGUCUGCGCCAGCGGAAGGCAUUCUUGAAUGCAGUAAUGCGCUAUGGGCUGCCACCUCAAAAAGACAUCACCAAGUCACAGUGGUUUGUCCGUGACUUGCGUGGCAAGGGAGAAAAGGCUGUGCAGGCUUACUCGUCCAUGUUCUUGCGCCACUUGUGUGAGCCUGGCUAUGAUGGCGGCAGCCAGUUCAGUGAUGGAGUACCACGUGAAGGACUCCACCGCCAACAGGUGCUCACGCGUAUAGGCGUAAUGAGCCUCAUCAGAAAAAAGGUGGAAGAGUUUGCCCCCAUCAAUGGAUGGGACUGUAGCAAGCUAGAGAGCACUCCCCUUGAACCACGCGGACCCAGCAGGGCGUCAUCAGGCGUGUCUACUCCAGUCGCUACUCCUGAACCCAAGAAAGAGGAACCUGAGGAGAAACCAAGUCCAUCCCCCAAGACAGCAAAUAAAAGCGAAUCAGAAAAAGGGAAAGGCGAAUCAGAGAAGGACAAAGGUGAAUCAGAGAAGGACAAAGGCGAAUCAGAGAAGGACAAAGGCGAAUCAGAGAAGGACAAAGGCGAAUCAGAGAAGGACAAAGGCGAAUCAGAGAAGGAAAAGUGUCAGUCAGAGAAGGAAAAGUGUGAGUCAGAGAAGGAAAAGUGUGAGUCAGAGAAGGAAAAGUGUGAGUCAGAAAAGAAGGUCGAGGAGAGUAAAGAUGAAAAUCCUGAAGAGAAAAUAGAGGAGAAAAAGGACGAUACCGCUAGUGAGAAAAAAGAAAGCUCUGAGGAGAAAAUGGAGGUCGAUGGCGAAGAGCAGAAGGUGGAGAAAUCACCAGAAAGUGUGGAUAAAACUGAAGGCCACGAGAGGACUGAUGUGGAAGAUGAUGAAAAGAAAGCAGACGAUUCAAACGAAGACAUUGGGAAGAAAGACGAGAGCAGAGAUCAAGCGGAAGAUGCAAAAAAAGAAGAAAGUAAAACAGAGGAGAUGGAGACGGAUGCCGAAUCGAAACAAGAGGAGACUGGUAACGCCACCGUAGACUCCACUAAGCCAACCGCCGAGGCAAAAGACGAGAAAACAGAUGAUACCAAAGAGACUAAAGAGGGAUUAAAAGGGGAUAAAUCUGAUCCUGUCACCACGCCCAAAGCCGAGGAGAAAUCGCCAAAGGCCGAGGCUCUUCGCAAGCCCGAGAAGAAGUUCAUGUUCAAUAUUGCUGAUGGCGGCUUCACGGAAUUGCACACGUUGUGGGAGGUGGAAGAGAAACGCAAGUGUGAUGAUAUCUGGUGGCGCAAGCACGACUACUGGCUCCUAGCUGGAGUUGCUUACCAUGGCUAUGCGAGAUGGCAGGAUAUCGCCAACCAUCACAUGUUCGCUGUUAUCAACGAGCCCUUUAAGAAUGUGUCAUUAGAAUACAAGAACAGGUUCAUCGCCAGGCGUUUUAAGUUACUCGAGCAGGCGUUAAUCAUUGAAGAGCAACUCAAGCGAGCGGAUAAACUAAACUUGAAGCAGGACGCCCAGCACCCGGCCAUGGCACUUAACGCUAGGUUUGCAGAGCUUGAGUGUCUAGCAGAAAGUCACCAGCACUUAUCCAAGGAAUCCCUGAGCGGAAACAAGCCGGCGAACGCUGUCCUUCACAAAGUUUUGAACCAGCUGGAGGAGCUGCUGGCGGACAUGAAAGGUGACGUCAACCGUCUACCCUCGACCCUAGUACGAAUGCAAACGGUAGCCAACCGCUUGGGGAUGUCCGAGCGGAGCAUUCUGAGCCAGCUCACUAAGGGUGACGGUAAACAUGACGUCGCUACUCUUCCGGUGCCUGCAGGAGCUGCAACUGUACGUCCCAACAUCCAGCCCAAGCCCACUUACCCGCCUGCUGCCGGCGGCGCAACCAUCUCAGUCAAGCCCCCUGUACCUACAACGUUGAUGCUUCCGAGCUUUUCCAACACUGCAAUGCGCCCUGUGAACCCCACCCCACAGAUUUUACCCAAGGCCACGCCCUCUGUUCUGUCUCCGACACCGACGCCUUACGUGUCAACUUUGAUCACGCGACCUGGGGUUCCUGCCUCGGCCGCGACACAGCCAUCACCACAGAGCUCGCGCCCACCGGCCUCUCAGUCCGCUGCACAGACAUCAGCGACUCCUGUCAUCAACAGCGUGUUCAGCCUUAGCCCCGCCGGAAGUCCUUCUUCCACUCCUCGGAGCGGGACUCCCCCCUCAGGGACUACAUCCUUAGCCAAGCCUACACUAAGUAAGAAAGCCAGCGCGCUUGUGGACAACCAGUUAUCCUCUAUUAUACGUAACAAGGCGUCGGCGAUGGGGCUGAUUCGCCCAUCUACGAGCCCCUCCCUACAGUCCCCUGGAGACUCCGGGGUGUCACCAGCGUCCUCACCCUCAGCUGCGACCGCUACCUUGGAACCUGGUCAGAAGCCGACUGAAGGCGGCGAGAAGUCUCCUGACAUUAUUUGUCUAGAUUAGUAGAGUACAUUUGACUUCAUUAUCUUAUCGCUUCUCAAAUCACAACCGCCCACGUAUCAAACCACUGGGCAAAGUACAUUAUAAUAAUUUUAUCCUGCUAUCGUUCUAUGAAUAUAACGUAUGAUAAAAUUUAUUAACCCUAGAUUGAUUGUCGUUACCGAACAGAAUAGUUCAAUCUACUUGUUAUAUUUAUAAACAACCUCCUUAUUGGAAAGUAAAUUUAUCAUCUACCUA